AUGAGCAACAACAACAACGCAAAGUCCGGUAAUGCCAAAGGCGGUGGCCCUCAAGCUCCUCGGAAAGAGUCCAUAUUAGAGCUUGCCAAGAUGAUGGACUCCUCGGUUCGUAUCAAGUGUCUGGGCGGGCGCGAGUUGACGGGGAUCUUGCGAGGAUACGACGACCUUGUCAAUCUCGUCUUGGACGAGUGCGAGGAAUUUCUACGAGAUCCUGAAGACCCCCAACGAAUUACGGACAAGACGAGAAAGCUGGGGUUGGUGGUAGUCAGAGGGACACAAGUAUCGCUGGUAUCGCCGCAGGACGGCGUCGAAGAGAUUGCCAACCCAUUUGCGACGGGGGAGGAAGAAGACGAAGAAGAAUAA